AACCAAACUGGAAGAAAUGUCUGGAAAAAGAAAAAGAAAGAAAAAUAGCACUUGAAUGCUUAGAAGACAACAAGCAACUCCCCCCACCCCACCCCAAUAUAAAUACAACCAUAUUACACACUUUAGCUCCAAGUGAAUAAACAACAAUUCCUAAGUAAUACCUUAGAGCUUUGAAGUCAUAUAUAUAUUACAAACAUGAAGAUGGCCAUGCUUCUGCAUGUUGUAGGGUUUCUUCUGGUUCUUGGAUUUAUCCACUCUCAAGCAGCUUUGGUUCCAAAGUCCUAUGACUAUGAGGUUAAAGAAGCCACCUUUACAAGGCUAUGCAAGAACAAGACGAUAUUAACUGUCAAUGGAGAAUUCCCGGGUCCGACUAUUUAUGCUCGUAGAGGAGACACUCUCAUCGUUAAUGUUAUAAACCAAGGCAACCUUGGCAUCACCAUUCACUGGCAUGGAGUGAAGCAACCAAGGUAUCCAUGGUCAGAUGGACCAGAAUUCAUCACACAGUGUCCAAUUAAACCGGGUGCGAAUUUUAGCCAAAAAAUCGUCCUCUCUGAUGAAGAAGGCACCUUAUGGUGGCACGCCCAUAGUGACUGGUCUCGAGCCACAGUACACGGUCUAAUCGUCAUAUGGCCAAAGAUUGGAAGACCCUACCCGUUUCCAAAACCCUACGCUGAGUAUCCUAUCAUUCUAGCUGAAUGGUUUAGACAAGAUGUUGAGGCUGUGUUACUAGACUUUUUGAGAACAGGAGGGGACCCUAAUAGUUCUGAUGCUUUAACCAUUAAUGGACAACCUGGUGAUCUUUACCCGUGUUCUAGUUCAGAAACAACAAAAUUCAUUGUGGAAUAUGGAAAGACUUAUAUGCUUCGAAUGGUCAAUGCCGCAAUGAACCUUUUCAUGUUUUGGGCUAUUGGAGGCCAUGAAGUAACCGUUGUAGGAACCGAUGGAGCCUACACCAAGCCACUAAAAAGCGACUACGUUGUCAUCUCCCCUGGCCAAACCAUUGAUCUUUUGUUCAAAGCCGACCAACCCAUUGGUCGAUAUUACAUUGCGGCUAAACCAUACAAUAGCCAGCCUGCAAUUAGCUUCGAUAACACCACAACAACCGCCAUUAUCGAAUACAAAGGCUACAAAAAAUCAUCUUCGCCUCCAGUUUUCCCACAUCUUCCUAAAGUCAAUGACACAAGUGCAUCGGUUAACUUCACAGGAAGCCUUAGGAGUUUAGCUACUCGCGCUCAUCCUAUUGAUGUUCCAAAAAAGAUCACACGAAACUUCUUGUUCACACUCUCGAUUAACACAUUGCCAUGCCCAAAUAACGCAUGUCAAGGACCUAAUGGAUUGAGAUUUGCCGCAAGUGUAAACAACAUAACCUUUGAGACUCCAAACAUUUCUUUACUUGAUGCAUACUAUGGAAGAAUAAAUGGUGUAUAUGGAACUAAUUUCCCAAAUUUCCCACCUUUGUUUUUCAACUUCACGGCGAGUGAUAUUGAUGAAUCGUUGGAGACUCCGUUGAAUGCUUCGGAGGUGAAAGUACUUGAAUUUGGGGACACAGUGGAGCUGGUGUUUCAAGGAACAAAUUUGGUUGCAGGGAUAGAUCAUCCUAUGCAUUUGCAUGGACAUAGUUUCUAUGUUGUUGGAUGGGGAUUUGGUAACUUUAAUAGAAGUAAGGAUCGUUUGAGUUUUAAUCUUGUGGAUCCUCCUCUUCAACAGACCAUUGCAGUCCCUAAAAAUGGUUGGACAGCCAUUAGAUUCAAGGCUGAUAACCCUGGAGUAUGGUUGAUGCAUUGUCAUCUCGAGCGUCAUAUAAGUUGGGGAAUGGAGAUGACAUUCAUUACAAAGAAUGGUAGAAGGCCAGGGGAAUCGAUGUUGCCACCACCUCCGGAUAUGCCACCCUGCACUUAAAACAUCAUAGCCAAUUAACGAUACAUAGUAAUUAUUUUUUUUAUCCCAUGUUUAUUAUUUUGGUAUGUGUGAAAUAUAAUAAUUAAAGUAAAUGAUUACCGGGUCUCAUAAUAGUACCAAAUAAGCUUUGUAGUUUGUCUUGUCUGUUGAAACAUGUUUAAAAUGUAACUUGCUUGAUGGCUUGUUCUCUAAUUCUUUAUUAAAAGGUAAUAUUCACAUAUC